UAUUUAUUUGACUAUUUAUAAUUCCAACUUCCCAGUUCUGGACAUUUAUAGCGCGUUCCGCAAUCCAAAUCCUCGGAAGAAGAAACAAAUUCCAACAUUUCGCGUUCCUGAAUUGUCAAUUCUUUUGAUUUUGAGAUCUCCGUUUACCACGAUUUAUCAAAACCCUAGCUCGAUCCGCCACCGCCACCAAAGCUCCCUCUUAUUCUCUCUCUUCCAGAGAGGGAGGAGAUCGAGUGAUCUAUAAAAAUGCAACACAUUCCGUCUACGGUUGAGGAACAGUUGUUUUUGAAAGCGAUUAAGGAAGAAAGCCCCUGGGAGAAUUUACCUAAACGGCUUCAGGUCAAUCUUAAUUCUAAAGAAGAAUGGCACCGAAGGAUUGUCAAUCAUUGUAUCAAGAAAAGACUCCAAUGGAACACUUCUUUUGCUCGCAAAGUAUGCAAAGAAAGUGAAUAUUACGAAGAGAUGAUGCGUUACUUGCGAAGGAAUCUAGCGUUAUUCCCUUACCAUCUUGCGGAGUAUGUUUGCCGUGUAAUGAGGGUCUCUCCUUUCCGAUAUUACUGUGAUAUGAUAUUUGAGGUUAUGAAAAAUGAGCAUCCUUAUGACAGUAUCCCAAAUUUUAGUGCUGCUGAUGCCUUGAGACUUACGGGAAUCGGAAGAAAUGAAUUUAUUGAUAUCAUGAACAAAUGCAAGUCUAAGAAAAUUAUGUGGAAGCUCAACAAGUCAAUUGCAAAAGAGUUAUUACCUACCCAACCUGUGGAUUUUCCAAUUGAACCUUGGUGGGGAAUUUGUCUCGUUAACUUUACUCUAGAAGAGUUUAAGAAACUUUCAGAAGAAGAAAUGGCAACCAUAGAUAAAAUCUGCAAAGAAGAAGCUAAUGCAUUUAUCCUAUUUGAUCCUGACAUUGUAAAAGGUCUGUAUCGACGGGGGCUGAUCUAUUUUGAUGUUCCUGUCUAUCCAGAUGACCGGUUUAAAGUUUCUAGACUUGAAGGGUUCAUUUCAAACAAGGAGCAGUCCUAUGAGGAUCCUAUUGAGGAGUUGCUAUAUGCAGUUUUUGUUGUUUCAAGCGAGAAUGCUACAGUUGCUGAAUUGGCAUCAACCUUACAAGCGGACCUUAGUCAACUGCUGGCUGCUGCAUCCUUUGUUUGUCGCUUGGGAUGGGCAGUAAAAGUAAUUGAUCCAGAAUCUGUGCUUCAGGAAAACACAAGUGUACCUCCUCAUGGUGUCAGCCUUGUAGAUGAAGACGAAACCUCUCACCGUAGUUCAACCUCAGCAAAUAUGUCCAUUGAUGGUGAGGCUGCUCAACAAGGUGAUCUUUGGGGGACAGAAAACCAUGGGCAUCGUUCUAGCGAUUCUAGGGUUGCUUUUCUUGUUGAUGCUAACAUAACAUCUUAUCUUAUGAUGGGUUCUGUUUCACCAGGAUUGAAAUCUCAUGCUGUGACGCUGUAUGAAGCAGGGAAAUUAGGCCAUGCUACCAUUGCUGACCUUUGCAAAGACCUGAGCACUUUGGAGGGAGCAAAAUUUGAGGGAGAGUUGCAGGAAUUUGCAAACCAUGCAUUUAGUCUUCGCUGUGUCUUGGAAUGUCUACUAUCAGGUGGUGUUGCCACUGAUAGUGGAGCUGUAGAAAUGAUUGAUAGAACAGGACUGGCAGCUUCAGGUCAUGAUGAGUCUACUCUGAUAGUUGACACUUCAUUGAUUGAUUUAUCAGAUCAUUCUGCUACUAAUGAAACUGAAUCAAACAUUAAUGGUACCACUAAUUUAGAAACUUCACAUGAAGAUUCUGUCGUGGAUGAUUAUGUAGCUGAAACCACUGGUGACGACAUAUCUGCUACCUUAUCAGAAGAUGUUAAGCUCUCGAGUGAGGUUUCCAAGUCAGAUAUGAAUGUCCAGGAUAACGAGAAAAUGAUAAGGAUGGAAGUGUCUGACUUGGGAAAAGGAGCUUUAAGGAGGAAAAAGAAAUAUAGAUUAGAUAUCCUUCGCUGUGAAAGCUUGGCUGCUUUGCCAAAGGCAACGUUAGAUCGGUUAUUUCUUCGUGACUAUGAUAUUAUUGUGUCUAUGAUUCCUCUUCCACAUUCAUCUGUUCUUCCUGGUUCAACUGGUCCUAUUCAUUUUGGUCCUCCCUCACACUCAUCUAUGUCACCAUGGAUGAAAUUGGUGCUGUAUUCAACAGUGGGUAGUGGGCCUUUAUCAGUUGUUCUGAUGAAAGGGCAAUGCCUACGCUUGUUGCCUGCACCAUUAGCUGGUUGUGAGAAAGCCCUUAUAUGGUCCUGGGAUGAUUCAACAAUUGGAGGCUUAGGUGGCAAGUUUGAAGGAAAUUUAGUUAAGGGAAGCGUACUUUUACACUGUUUGAAUUCGCUUCUCAAAUACUCUGCUGUUAUAGUGCAGCCCUUCAGCCAAUAUGACCUUGAUGGUUCUGGGAAAGUUGUUACACUUGACAUACCCUUGCCCCUUAAGAAUUCUGAUGGAUCAGUUGCUAAUGUAGGGGAUGAACUAGGACUUCGUGCAGAGGAAUGUUCAAAAUUGAAUGAUCUGUUAACUGAUUUGGCUCACAAGAUGGAGUUAUUGACAGUUGGUUAUAUUAGUGUACAAAAACUUUUUAAAGAAAGAGAUAUGGAUCAUUUUGGCCCUGAUGAGGAGAAAUACGAAUGGGUUCCAUUGUCUGUUGAAUUUGGGAUGCCACUUUUCAACCCUAAGUUAAGCAAUAGAAUAUGUGAAAGGAUUGUCUCGUCAGAGUUACUUCAAGCAAAUUUACUUUCUGAGCAUCAUGAUUCAAUGCAGAGCAUUCGUAAAAUGUUGCGUGAUAUUUGUGCAGAGUAUCAGGCAACAGGCCCUGCAGCAAAACUUCUUUACCAAAAGGAGCAUUUAAAGGAGUCAAAGAAACCAAAGCAACUCAUGAACUAUGCUAGUGCGAAAUGGAAUCCACUUCUAGAUCCUUCUUCUCCCAUUUCUGGAGCGUCUAGUGAUCGUCGAAGGUUAAAACUUGGCAGUCGACAGCGUUGUCAGACUGAAGUUUUGAGUUUUGACGGUAGCAUUCUUAGAGCAUAUGCCCUAACUCCUGUUAAUGAAGUUGCCACAAGACCUGUUGAUGAUUCCACCACAACAACCACAACGAAAGUUGACCCUGAUGAAUCCGACAGCAAUGAAGUAAUCCUUCCCGGUGUGAACCUUAUUUUUGAUGGUGCUGAGUUGCAUCCCUUUGAUAUAGCUGCUUGCCUGCAGGCUCGCCAGCCAAUUUCUUUAAUAGCAGAGGCAGCUGCAGCUUCCUCGUCUUUUACAAUUAAAUAGGUCUUAUGAAUAUGAGAAGUGUGGAUUGAAUAUUUUGUCUGUAGACUGACAAGUGGAAGUUAUUGUGUCCAUACUACAUUAUUCUGGUUAUCUGUUUCAUCUUUGAUGUCAUUCUAUGGAUCUGAGCGAGCAGUUGCAUCAAAGUAUUAUUAUUAAAAGGAAAAAAAGAAAACAUAGUAGUAACUUGCCAUAGAUAAAGGAACCCUAGAUACUAUAUCUACAUUACUUGAAGGCUGCUUCCAGAUUGUUGGGGGUAGUGCAUGCAUUGUGAAAGAAAAGAGGAUACUCGUUUGCGAUUAGUGGGUUGAUUUGAAAGUCCAUUCUUUUUAUUGUUACCUAUUGGCUGCAAGAAGAGGUAGAACGUAAUACACUUUACAUAUGUAGGAAAACAAGAUGAGUUUGAUUUCGUUUAAGAAAAAUUUAAACAGUUUCAGCUUCCUGUGUC